CGCGAUUCACGCUUUCAUUCUGUUUGAACUCAAUUCUCUCACCUUCAUCUUCAUCUUCACAAUUAACAGAUCGAUUCUCUCAUCUUCAUCUUCCAUAUUUCUCGCCUAUUUUAUUUCAACAUCUCCAGAUUUUCUUCGAUUUGUUCAUUAUUCCGUAGUCUCCAGAUUUUGUUUCCAUAAUUGUGAUCGGGAAGAUGUUUUCAAUUUUGCGUUCUUAUUUUCAUUGAUUACCUCUUCAAUUGCUGUGAAAAUUUGCUUCGAUGGAAUCUGUAGCAAAUAACGAAGGUAUGUACAUUCCUGUUUGUGAUGAUGCUUUGAAGCCAAUGAUUGAUGGCAAGAGCAGAGGAUAUGAGGUUUAUCAGUUUGUUGAGUAUCAUAAUCACUUAAUGGUUGCGGAUGAGCAUAGGCAUUUUAUGAUGGCCAAUCGCAAUCUGGAUCCUAUCCAUCGGAGGUUUAUGGAGGAUUGUGGCAGGUGUAAUAUUGGUCCCACUCUCACAUUCAAACUUUUGAAGGAGAUAAUGGGUGGACCUGAAAAUGUUGGAUGUGAUAUUAUUGAUAUUAGAAAUGGUUAUCGUGAUAUUAUGUCCAAUAUUGAUGGUUCAGAUGCUCAAAUGAUUUUUGAUUAUAUGCGUUCUCAAAAGAAAUCAUCUGAUGCCUUCUAUUAUGAAAUUGAGAUAGGAUCUCAUGGAAAGUUAACUAGACUCUUCUGGGCUGAUGCUAUUUCAAGACGAAAUUAUCAUAUGUUUGGAGAUGUAAUUUCAUUUGACUCAACAUACAACACUAACAGGUAUUGCAUGAUUUUUGCUCCAUUCACUGGAAAAGAUAACCAUUCUAGACCAGUUACAUUUGGAGCUGGCUUGUUAUCAAGUGAAGGUAGAGAAUCCUAUUCUUGGUUGUUUGGCUGUUUUGUUCGAUGCAUGGGGGUAGCACCCAAAUUGAUUAUCACUGAUCAAGAUUGGGGGAUCAAACUUGCUGUUCAACAAGUACUUUUACAAACAAGGCACCGAUGGUGUAUGUGGCAUAUCAUGGUUAAGGUGUCAGAUAAGUUGCCCAAAUCUUUACUUGGUAAUGAAGAUUUCAAAAAAGAGUUGAAUGCAUGUGUUUGGUCUGAUUUGUUAGAGCCUGAUGAGUUUGAUAUAAUAUGGAAUGAUAUAAUGGAACGGUAUGGAUUAGAAGACGUGAACUGGUUUGGAUCAAUGUUUGAAGAUAGAGAAUUCUGGGUUCCUGCUUAUUUUCGAGAUUUUCCCAUGGGGUCGCUUCUUAGGACUACAUCGAUGUCUGAAUCGGAGAAUAGCUUUUUUAAAAACUACACAAAGCCACGUGCAAAUCUUGUACAGUUCAUCAAUUUCUUUAAUUAUGCUGUGGGAGAUCAAAGGAAUGCCAAUUCACGAUUGAACUACUUGGAUUACUCAACUAUUCCUGAUUUGUCAACCCAAUUGCCUAUUGAGAAGCAUGCAUCUACAAUCUACACUGAUUCUAUUUUCAAACAUGUACAACAGGAAAUAAGUAUGGUAUGUGAGAUUGUUUCUAUAACUACUGUUGAGGAUAACAUCAAGAUGCAUCAGGUCAAGGACCAAUAUGGUAGAACAUGGGAUGUUAAGUAUGAUUGUAAGCAAGACACAUUCGACUGUAGUUGCAAGAAGUUUUCCAGAAUUGGUUUGUUAUGUUGUCAUAUAUUUUGUUUGUUGAAGAAUAAGUCUGCUAAUCUCAUUCCUGAGAAAUAUUUUGGUCGAAGGUGGUUGAAGAGCUCUUUACUAAAGGCAGCCCAUGGUCUACCAUCUGAGGAACAACAACCAUUUGAACAUUUGGAUGAAAAGCAGGAAGUUAAGAAAAAGUUGUUCUCCAACUUUUAUCGAUUAGUCCAAAAGUCUGAGGGAAGUAUGGAUCAUUUGUCUUUGUUAAGUGCUGGUCUUGAUGAUUUGGAAGAGCAUAUAUUUGGAAAUUGUGCAGCACCUUCAGUCAUUGAAAAGAAGAAGAUGGUUGAGGAUUUUUAUGGAAUGGCAGUACCUGAUGUAAUUGAUGUACAUCCUCCAGACGUUGUUAGUACCAAAGGAUCAGCUAGUGGCAGAGUAGCAAAGAGGGAGAGUGCAAUAAGGAAAGCAAAUAAGCCUCUACGACGGUGUGGUAAAUGUCAUGAGAUGGGUCGUCAUGAUUCAAGAAAUUGUGGUAGAGUCAAUGAGAAGACAGAUUGAAGCCAUUUGAUAUAGUUUAGGUAUUUUUGGU